ACAACAAAAAGUUUAUAUGGUCUAUUUGGAAAAGUAUUUAAGAUGAGAAUGCUGCAUUACAAUAACACUCAAGUCAUUCCGCGCCGUGACUUCUGAGAGAAGCCAAACCGGAAAGAGCAAAAUGGCAGUACGUAGGAUGGAGGUUUCAUAUGUGUAUUGUGAUGAUGGCGAUUACACUUUCAAGCACCAACGUUUUGGCGGCAAGGGGGAAAGCUCCGCCUGCACUGGGCCAAUACGAGUGGUUAAGAGAUGACGGGCUCACAAAGGGCUGGGAAUUCCAGCCUAAUGUUGAUUAUAAUCUUAUUGGCGACCAUCCUGGAGAGGGAACCCUCUACAAGGUGCUCAGGGCAUAUAAAGUCGCCCGUCAACGAAUUGAACGCGAAUUGAACCUAAUUUCGGGCAGAAACUUUCAAAAGAAAGCUGGAGACUAUCAUAUUUCCUCCGCAGACUAUCAAGCUUUAAGAAUGGAUGCGAUUCUGGUGAAAGACAACAACGGGAAUUUGAGGAGACUUGCUUUUCCUGUUGAAAUGAAAGCCACGGUCAACAUACAAGAAAAGGCGAAUACGUUUAGAAGUGUUGAAGUGCAAAUCGACCUGGACAGUCCUUUUGUUGGAUAUACAGGAGAGGGGCCACGCGGCCCUCACGUCGGCUACCAGGUGAAGAAACCCAAAGAAGUUAUAACGGGCCACGUGCUGAUCGAUGCCAACCCUCCGAAAGGUGGAAACCCCUGUCCGCGGCUGCUGCCCGACCGAGACAGCAUCAAAAAGGACUCUGUAGUCCCAGCCGGUGUGGGGAAAAUCAGGACCAAAAGCGUGCUGGAAGGAGUGGAGGCACUGGAGGCUAUUCCAAACGGCGUCAAUCUCAAUCUGUACCGCGUCCCCAUGACUGAGGGCGCCAAGGAUGCUCACUUUACGGCCAACUUUUAUUUGAAUAUAUGUCAAAGUUAUCUUGAUAAUGCAGCAAUGAAUUUGAUCCCCAGAGAUGUAACUUUUGAUUGAAUCUAAUACAUUUUUUCCUUCGCAAA